UGUGUCCACCGGAAAACCAUGUAUUAAUUGAAUCUGUACUCGAACCGAAUUUGUUUUCGUGACCGUAUGCAUGUAGUUUGUUCUGUGGUUUUUCAAAAAAAAGUUCUGUUGUCCUCGAAUGAAAAGCAACGGUGGUGUACCAGCCUGAACAUAAACGAGGAGAUACCUAUAUACAUUACUAUGGCAACUCUGUCAGAAGGAUGGAGAAUUUGAUGCUGAACUCAAGCCUGCCCCCCAUCUUUGCAGAGGAAGAGGUUUUGAAGCAGAGCAACAAUGCUGGAUCAGGGUCCACUGGCAGUGAGAGCAACUCACAGGCCGCUGGCCAUCCUGAGCCCAUGGAGGAGAAUUCACAAGCCCCUCCGCAGCCGACAGAGUCUCCCAGUGGCAACAAAGAGAGCAGGGUGCAGAGGAAUGGAGAGGAGCAGAAACCUCGGCGCCCAAGCUGGCCUAAAGGGCGGAAGCGGAAGAAGCCUAUCAAGGACAGCAACGCCCCCAAAGCACCCCUAACUGGGUAUGUGCGAUUCAUGAACGAGAGGCGCGAACAGCUGCGGGCCGAGUGGCCAGACGCACCCUUUCCAGAGAUCACCAGGAUGCUGGGCAAUGAGUGGACCAAGCUGCCCCCAGAGGAGAAGCAGCACUAUCUCGAGGAGGCUGAGCGAGACAAAGAGAGGUACAUGAGGGAGCUGCAGCAGUACCAGAAAACUGAGGCCUACAAGCAUUUCAACAGGAAAGUGCAAGAGAAACAGAAGGGCAAGCAGCACAGACCAGCAGAUGUCCGGCAGGCUGCCAGCGAGUCUCUCCAUGAGAAGGAUACAGAGGGCAAGGAGAGAUCAGUAUUUGAUAUCCCAAUCUUCACUGAGGAGUUUCUGAACCACAGCAAAGCACGGGAGGGGGAGCUGCGGCAGCUGCGGAAGACUAACAUGGAGUUUGAGGAACGCAAUGCAGCUCUGCAGAAACAUGUGGAGAGCAUGCGUGGUGCUGUGGAGCGACUGGAGGGGGAUGUGAUGCAGGAGCGUAGUCGCAAUACCUUGCUGCAGCAACACCUGGAAACCCUGCGUCAAGCACUCACAGCAAGCUUCUCCAGCCUGCCGCUGCCUGGCAGUGGGGAGACUCCCACCCUGGCCACCAUUGACUCAUACAUGAAUAAGCUGCACAACAUCAUCCUAGCUAACCCACAGGAACACGAGAACCUCAUCAACACUGUGCGGGACGUCAUCAGCCGCCUCGAAAGGUGAAGAUGAAUUGUCGUUGUCAAAGCUUCUUCAGGUUACUGCAUAACGGGCAGAAAAGUGCCAGAAAUAACAGACUAAAAAACGAGCUCUCAAAUCUUCAAACUCGCACUUGAGUGUGAUGGGGUGCUCCCUUCCGGAUUUCAGUUUCACCGCACAUGUGUUUGAAGCAUCAGCUCCAAGUCUGUUUUAAUUUAAACUGUUUAAUAUGCUUUAUGUUGAAGUUGCUCUUGUGAGCAUUGGCUUUGCAGAGGACAAAUAACCCGGUGGUUUUAAAAAAAAAAAAAAUGUAAACUAUUUUAUUCUAUAUAACUCUGAUUUUUUUAGUUGUGUUUAUUAUUUUAUACUUAUUUUAUGUACAUUGUCCUGCCUCCUGCUUGAUAGUCUUAAACAUUUCAGAAAUGGUUGUUCAGGGGUAUUACCAACCUCAAGCUCCCAUAACAGAAUCGGAAUAACUUUUAGCGCCCAAUUUUGACAGGACCUCGCUGUAAAGUAUCAGUUAUUGCUAUUGUUAAGUUGAGUGUCACCUUGUAUAAAGGUACUUUAAUAUAUAAAUACAAAUAAUUAAAAGGAACCUUGCAUUAGGGGGUAAAUAAAUACAAUUAUACCCAAACAAACUUGGAUUUUUCAUAUUCACAUAAACUUUCUUAUUAAUACUGCCGUAUCAGUUAAUUUAAGAAUUAAAGUUAAACCCUUGUAUACCAUGCGUUUCCCUUACAGAAAAAGAAGUGAAACACAAAUGUCUUUUUGUGUUUUUGUUUAUUACAUUACAUAUAAAAGUAUACAUUUGUUUUGAAUGAUAUCUUUUUGGUGUACUAAUUUUAAAAACAUUGAUACAAAUACUACCUUGGUCACUUCUAUUUACAAAUACAUUUCAUUCCAUGGAUAAUCCAGGAAACCCUGUCUGAGAUUGUCCAACCCUUGCUUAGGAUCAAUAAAUACAACUAUAAAGUCAACUUACUAUCUCCUGUUAUUUCAAAUGUACUACAUUUGGUGUAAAUACUGUAGCUGUUCAGAGUUUUUAAAUGUAUACUUAUUUUUUGUUGCAAUGUUGGUAAUUCUGUCAGCUUUACCAAGUCGACUGGCUUAUUUUAUUAUUAUUAUUUUAAGUUGUUGUGCAGUUCGUGUUGUACUUUCGUUCUAAGUUAAAGACGUUCUUGAUUGAUAUGUUUUACAUUGGUGUCUUGUAAAAAAAAACACCACAGGUACUGACAUCACCAAGGGUUUGCUGUAGACCAAGUUUAUCCAGCACAAUAAAGUAAUACACUUAUUAUUAAAAAACAAAACAAAACACAAUGUUCUAAUAAAAGGAACAGAAUCAUUUAUCUUGAAAACAAAUAGAGCAGGUCAUCUUAUUAUUUAUAUUACAGGGACAAUGUUACUCCAUCCUUGCUUAUGACUGUUGAUAUGCACCAUUUGAAAUGGAAAGGUAUCGUAAAAUGGGACACUGCUCAGACUUUUAGUGCAUAGUGUUUAAAAUAGAUUGUAGACACAGAUAUAGGGAACAUGAACAAAUCCAAUGGAAGUCUAAAACUUUAAGUCUGCUGGGCCUGUUAUUAAUAAAUAUGUUUGUUUUUAUAACCUGAUGGGGUUUUUUUGUAACCCUAUUAAAGCCGUUUAAGUGUU